AUAUAUUAAUAUUAUGCAUUUGACGUUUGUGGCAUUUUUGCACUGUAUUUCUUGUAAUAAAUGUAAAAUUAUAUCACCAAGCCUUCAAUAUUAACACUUUAUUACUAUUUGUUGUAUUCAACUAGCACAAGACAAACAAUAUUAAUAAAAAUGAAACCAGGAUUAUAUAAUGAACAAAAGUGUUCACAGCUAUUAAGCAAGGAUGAAAAUGAAUCUGUUUUACAACUUCUGGGACCAAAAUGUCAAAGCUUAGCUAUGGCUGUAGUGCAGUUUUUUAGCACUGAUGGCCCUGAAGGUACUGAAUGGAGGCAAAACAAUUUUGGAAUUCUUUGCUUCGUUAGAGACCCAAAUAGAAAAUCAUAUUAUUUUCGAUUGUAUUGCCCAAUAAGACACCAGUUAUUAUGGGAACAUGAAAUGUAUCAUGGAUUGCAAUACCAAAGUCCUGCCAAAUUUUUCCAUUGUUUUGAAGCCGAGGAAUGUAUAGUUGGAUUCAAUUUUGCAAGUGAGGAUGAAGCUGCAGUGUUUGAAGAGACAGUAAUUAAUUUACAAAGAAGAAGACGGGAAAAACGUUUGGAACAAAGGUCUAAGUCGCACAAUCAAAAUAAUGUUUUGCAACCAGUAUGUAAUUCUAAUAACACUUAUGGACCACCAGUUCAAAUGAAUGGUAAAGGUCACAAAAAUAAGGGCAAAAAUUCAAAAAAUAAGAAAUAUACUAAAGAUCAAAUUGGUUUACCAGAAAAUUUCAUACAUGUGCAACAUAUAGGUUGGGAUCCAGAUCGAGGAUUUGAUUUAGGGCAGAUUAAAGAUCCACAAUUAAAUACAUUCUUUGCCAAGGCUGGGGUUUCUGAAAGUCAAUUGCGUAAUCCUCAGACUCGAGAUUUUAUUUAUGAUUUUAUUGAUAAACAUGGUGGCAUGGAUGCUAUUAAGGAAGAUGUUCAAGAUUCACUUAUUCCACCUCCUUUGCCAACAAGAUUUCGUCAAGCUCCACCACCUCCGCCUAUUUCAAAUAAUACACCAAAUACAAGAAGCCCUGCACCACCACCCCCUCGGCCUAAUAAUAUGACUAUUCCAGUUAAAAAACAAGAAGAAUUCUUUAUUCCUCCGCCUCCACCAUUAAUGAAUGCAGCUCCACCACCACCACCACCACCACAAAUGGAAUCAAUUAAAAGUAAGCCUGUUGAAGCCGUACCAGACACUAGAUCUGCACUUUUAGAAGCCAUCAGAUCUGGUAAAACACUUAAGCAUGUUGAUACAUCAAAUUCUGUAAAAACAUCUAACACUACAGAACCAAAUUCAAGAAAUGACUUACUUGAUCAAAUAAGACAAGGCGUAGAAUUGAAAUCGGUGCAACCAAUUGAUAAGAAAAAUGUAAACAAUAAUUUAGAAGCGGAUGGUUUAGCUGGGGCGUUAGCUAGAGCUUUAGCUGAACGAGCUAGAGUUAUUCACAGCGACAGUAGUACCAGUGAAUCCAGCGAAGGUGAAGAUGAUUGGGACGAUUGAGUUGUUAUUACUACAAUAAUGUAAUAACACAUUUUUUAUUUAUAUUAUUUAAUAUAUUUAUAUUUUUUGUUGAAAGUAGUUUUGAUUUAAACUUUUUAUUUUUCUUGAUAAUUUGGAUUUAAAUUAUUUUUAUUCGUACUUCAUUAACUGCAUUUAUAUUUUAUUGUUAUGAUAAUCACAGUCUUUGUAUAUUGUAUAUAGCCAAUGAUUUAUGAUGUGAUAUUAAAUAUUUUAAUCAUUUAUUUUUUUAAUUCCAGUUUCUUUAUAUAUGUAUACAUGUGUCAUUUACUAUAUAAAUUUAAAAAACAUACAUGUACUAAUCAUCAAUUAUAAGAUUUAUUCUGUUGGUAUUAUUUUAUUUUAUAUUUGAAUAUUAUAAAAUAUUAGUUGCAUUUUUAAAUAUUAAAAUAAAUCACAAUUUUCUAAUAGAAA